AAACGCAAUUUGCGCAUAGCCACUCAAACCAUACCCGCCAAAUCCCCAAACCGUCGCCGCCGUCGUCGUGGUGAGUGGACAGUCGCAGCUAUGGCGGCGUGUACGGCGCUUCUCUCUCCUCCAUCACUCUCGUCUUCUUCCAACUCUCUCUUCUUCUCUACUCCAGUCGCGAGGGCUUCCGGCCUCAGAACCCAGCCGCUCUCUUCCCGCGUAAAACGCCUGUCGGUUUCGGCUUCGGCUUCUUCGGGGCGUGCGCUAGACGCUCUGAUCUUCGACUGCGACGGCGUUAUAUUGGAGUCGGAGCACCUCCACCGGCAAGCCUAUAACGACGCUUUCUCUCACUUCAAUGUCCGCUGCCCGUCUUCCCCUUCUUCUGAGACGCUGAAUUGGGGUAUCGAAUUCUACGAUGAUCUCCAGAACCGAAUCGGCGGUGGAAAACCUAAAAUGCGAUGGUAUUUUAAGGAGCACGGAUGGCCGACGUCUACAAUCUCUGAUAAGCCUCCGGAAGACGAUGCCGAUAGAUCCAAUCUAAUUGACAUUCUUCAAGAUUGGAAGACUGAAAGAUACAAACAGAUUAUCAAAUCUGGAACUGUUAAGCCUAGACCAGGAGUUUUGAGAUUGAUGGAUGAAACCAAGGCUGCUGGCAAGAAACUGGCUGUUUGCUCUGCUGCAACUAAAAGUUCAGUCAUACUUUGUCUGGAAAAUCUGAUUGGACUGGAACGAUUCCAUGGCCUUGACUGCUUUCUUGCAGGCGACGAUGUGAAGGAAAAAAAGCCUGAUCCUUCAAUAUACAUAACAGCUGCCAAGAAGCUUGGCGUGUCAGAGAGAAAUUGUUUGGUGGUAGAGGAUAGUGUCAUUGGACUGCAGGCUGCAACAAGUGCGGGGAUGUCGUGUGUGAUCUCAUAUACAUCAUCCACUGCUAAUCAGGAUUUCAAAGAAGCCAUUGCAAAAUAUCCCGACUUGAGUGAUGUUAGACUGAAGGACUUAGAGUUGCUGCUUCAAGAUGUGGUUUCCAUGAAGUAGUAAGACUAUUAGAACAAGAAGGAUAUUAUGCACCAUUGUGGCUGGUCCUGUUGAAGUGAACUGGAACAGAAGUGUGGUAACAAUAGUUUGGCUCUGUUGCAGAAUGCCUGGGUUUUGAUUAAUGAACCAUUGGAGAAGGAAGCAAAGCAGGAAAGAUUAAUUAAGGGUUUUACAUCUUUUUAAAUUCAAGAAUUCAUUAAUUAUAAGUUAUAGACAUAAAGUUCUCUUCAUAUUUUUCUUGUUAAAACUUCUGACAUUAAAGUAAAGUUUUUGUCAAUUUGAUUCAUAA